GCUCGCUCGCUCGCUCGCUCGAUCGAUCGACCGCAAUAAACAAUAAACCACCACCCUCCGAUCCGCGCACGCAAUCCGCAGCCGUCCAUCGAUCGACCGGCCUUGGACAGGUACGUUCUUGCUAGCUUCGCAGGAGGAGGAGGAGCAUAUCGUGAGAUCGGCAGCAAUGGCGGGCGCGAGGAACAGCAACAACGGCAGCGAGCUGCGCGUGACCCUGCUGGGCCUGGCCCUUCUCGGGCUUCUUCUGCUGAGCUACAGCGCGGCGCCCGUGGAGGCCGCCGAUGGCUACGCCGGCGCCCGCAAGAAGAGCUUCAGCAUGAACUACGCCGGGGGCCGCUCGCUCAACAGCUUCAGCAUGAACAGCGCCGACUCGGAGCGCAAAGGCGGCAGCCGCGGCAGCGGCGCGGCCGGCGGCAUCUGAUCCAUUCCUUCCUUCAUUCAUUCCCGAUCAAUCGUUCCCGGUCGAUCGUCGAAGAGCGCUACGCACGUAAUUAGCCGGCGCAUGCGCGUGCGUGCGUAUAUAUGCUGCUCUGCGUUGAUUAAUUAAGCCUCGAUCGCCUCGUAUGUGCUGCAUGCGCGUGUGGCCGCGUCGAUCGAUCCAUUGUGUUCUUCGGUGUGAUUUUUCUUCUUGUUGUUCUUCCGAUUCUGUAAACGGCGCGACCCUUGCAAGGGCCUCAUUAUGAUUAUUAAUCUACGGACUUGUCUAUUUUAGCACUCCCCUGA